AUGGCGUCUCCAACUCAACCGAUCACCGUCAUUGGUCGAAAAUGGUCGAGCCUCCUGCAGAACUACGCCUUGGAAGCCUUAGUUGGGAUAUGUGGCAUCUUGCUCAUGCCCCUGCUGAUCGUGAGCCACCGUUUCCAGGAAAGCUUCUUCGCCUUCAUAUACGCAAUCUUGCAGCGUCAUAUGAACGACGAGAUAAGCGUGCUUCGGCGCAUGGUCAUGUCCCACCUCGACGGCAUGUCGUCGCACGAGCCAUCCUUGAAGGCCCGCGGCGCGCUGCGAGUCCUGGAAGUCGGUGCGGCGUACGGCCCAAACCUUGAGUUCUUCCAGCGACCCAUCGAGUACUGGGUGGUGGAACCCAACAGAAGCUUCGAAGAUUCCUUUAUGCGGAACCUCACGAAAAACUCGAACGUGGAACUGAAGCGGUUCAUCGUCGGAUGUGGGGAAGACAUGGGCAUGUUGCCAGAUGGACACUUCGACGCUGUGCUGCUAUUCUUCGUCCUCUGCUCGGCAAAGGACGGUUCGAAACUCCUGAGUGAAUGCAAGCGCGUACUUAAGAAGGUCAGUAUUCAUCUCUCACUCCUCGUCGUUCCACCUUCGAGUAAGCUUUGA